AUGAAAUAUAGGUCAACACGCGGAUCCCCUAAAUCACUUAGCUUCUCAGAAGCCGUCUUGGUAGGUCUAGCUGAAGACGGUGGCUUACUCAUUCCUCACCACAUUCCUAACCUUCCUGUCGAUUGGCGUACAACAUGGCGAAACACUUCUUUUACAAACCUUGCUCAUAAAAUCUUUUCUUUAUACAUCCCUAGCUCGGAAAUACCCUCAAAAGAUCUAGAAAACCUUAUUACUCGCUCGUAUAGCAGCUUCAAAACACCGAUUAUUACGCCUUUGGUUCAAAUAAAGCCAAAAUUAUACAUUUUAGAGUUAUUCCAUGGACCCACUUUUGCAUUUAAGGAUGUCGCUCUACAGUUUUUAGGAAAUUUGUUUGAAUAUUUUCUGGAGAGACAGAACGCAAAAAAAAGUAAUGCUGAAGAAUUGGAUAAAAUUACGGUUUUAGGAGCCACUAGCGGGGAUACUGGAAGUGCCGCCAUUUAUGGCUUGCGUGGUAAAAAGAAUAUUUCCGUAUUUAUACUACAUCCUCGAGGAAAAGUCUCACCAAUGCAAGAAGCACAAAUGACCACUGUACAAGACGAUAAUGUUCAUAAUUUAGCGGUUGAAGGGACUUUUGAUGAUUGUCAGGAUAUCGUAAAAGCCUUAUUCAAUGAUCCCCUCUUUAAACAAAAAUACCAUCUUGGUGCAGUCAAUUCAAUCAAUUGGGCCAGAAUACUCGCUCAAAUAGUCUAUUAUUUUCACUCAUACUUUCAAUUACUUGAUUCUUUAAAUAUAACAUCCGAUUCUCCUGAUAUUUCUGGCGUAAAGAUACAUUAUGUAGUGCCCACGGGAAACUUUGGCGAUAUACUUGCAGGCUAUUAUGCUAAGAAAAUGGGAUUGCCGAUUGACUCUUUGGUUAUUGCUACAAAUUCCAACGAUAUUUUAGAUCGAUUUUAUAAAAGUGGUAUAUACGAGAAUUCGGGUGUGGUUCAAACUCAUAGUCCAGCGAUGGAUAUUGCAGUAUCAAGUAAUUUUGAAAGAUGGUUGUGGUACUUGGCCUAUGAAGAGACUGGGCAUGACGAAAAAAUACGAGAUAAAAUAGACGAAAGAGUAAACCGCGCAGGUCUUCGUGUUAAGGAUUGGAUGCAUGAGUUAAAAUCUGGCAAAGGAUUGCUAAUUGGAGAUGAACUUAAAAAAAUUGCAAGUCGUGACUUCAGUAGUGCCCGAAUAACAGAUGAAGAGACAUUAGACACGAUUAAUCGUUAUUACUCUUGCAAAUCUAAAGACCAACUUCAUCCGUAUGUUCUUGAUCCUCAUAGCGCAGUAGGUGUGACUGCUGCGGAAAGACAACAUGUGACUAGUGAAACAUAUCAAAUAUGUUUAGCAACAGCACAUCCAGCGAAAUUUUCCAAUGCUGUUGGAAAGGCACUUGAAAAUGUACCUUCUUUUAGAUUUGAUACAAUCACACCUUCGGAAUUUGAAGGGUUAUUGGAGAAGGAAAGGCGAGUUAUUCACAUAGUUCGUGCUGAUCAAGAGUUAGUAAAAAAGAUUAUAGAACGCGAGUUAACAACAAACAAUAAUACCAAGACAUCGACUCCUUUAAUUGGCAAAUUAGUAGACACUUUAGAUUUUGCUGCCAAGAAACAUUCUUUUCAAAGACGUAAAGAUCCUCAACAAACCCCUUACAUAAAUCAUCCUAUCGGUGUUGCUAAACUCUUGAUCGAUGCCGGAAUUAAUGAUCUUGCCACUAUACAGGCAGCUAUUUUGCACGAUACAGUCGAAGAUACUGAUACGACAUUCGAAGAGCUUGAAUUACAUUUUGGAAAAGAAGUAAAAGACAUCGUAGAAGAAUGCACUGAUGAUAAAACCUUGCCAAAAUUAGAUCGCAAGCGUCUACAAAUCGAAACUGCACCACACAAAUCAAAUAAAGCAGAAGUAAUAAGACUAGCUGAUAAAUUAUAUAACUUACGCGAUUUGGCUCGUGCUACGCCCAUUGGAUGGUCAAUUCAACGAGUCCAAGAAUAUUUUGUUUGGGCUAAACAAGUCACAGAUGGUAAGCAUUUUGCGCUUUGGUAUAGAUUGAAAAAUGUGGAAACUAAAGAUUUUUUAGGAAUUAAGGGUAUAAAUGAAAAACUGGAGGCAGAACUUGAUGAAUUCUAUCGAAAUGCUACCUUUGAAUUUGAAGGUCAAAUUUAUAAGGGUCAUCCUGAAUAUAGAUGA